AUGGCUCAAGAGGACAUCAAGAACCACCUGAAGGAGACGCACGAUCGCGUCUUCGAGCACAACCGCUCAUGGGCCGCUGAGCAGGCCAAGAAGGACCCGGAGUUCUUCGUCAAGCUGUCGGCCGGCCAGACGCCCGAGUACCUCUGGAUCGGGUGCUCCGACUCGCGGAUCCCGGCCGAGGCCAUCACGGGCCUGGAGCCCGGCGAGGCCUUCGUGCACCGCAACAUUGCCAACCUGGUCUGCAACACGGACCUGAAUGUCAUGAGCGUCAUCAACUACGCCGUCCGCCACCUGCAGGUCAAGCACAUCGUUGUCUGCGGCCACUACGGCUGCGGUGGCGUCAAGGCCGCCAUGACGCCCAAGGACCUGGGCCUGCUCAACCCCUGGCUGCGAAACAUCCGUGACGUCUACCGGCUGCACCAGCAGGAGCUGGACGCCAUCAAGGACGAGGCGGCGCGGUAUGACCGCCUGGUCGAGCUGAACGUCGUCGAGCAGUGCCGGAACGUCAUCAAGACGGCCGCCAUCCAGCAGUCGUACGAGAAGAAUGGCUUCCCCAUUGUGCACGGCUGGGUCUUCGGCUUCCAGGACGGCCUACUGAAGGAUCUGAAGGUGGACCAUGAGUCGAUGCUGCACGACAUCCAGAAGAUCUACAACCUUACGGACACCGCGUAA